AACUUUUUUGUAACGUGGCUAAAUUUUACCACUUAGAACAACUCAUUCGUUCCAUCAAAUCAAGUCAAAAUCUCUCCGCCUACACUCAGUCCGUCAGUCGCCAGGGGAAACAGAGAUCGAAAUCAAGUAUGUCGUCACACAACAACUCAUCGUCGGCGAACGAUCCACGCCAGCCAUCGGCGGCGAAGCCUUACGUGGCGCCUUUGAUUCCACCUCAAGAUCUUCCCGUUGAUUACGCUGGUUUUAUCGCCGUGGUUUUCGGUGUUGCUGGCGUCAUGUUUAGGUACAAGAUCUGCUCGUGGCUUGCUAUUAUAUUUUGUGCCCAAUCACUUGCCAACAUGAGAAAUUUUGAGAAUGACCUUAAGCAGGUUUCAAUGGCCACCAUGUUUGCAAUUAUGGGACUUGUGACAAACUACUUGGGGCCUGCUCGACCCAGCGCACAAGCACAAAAAUGAGAUCCUUGGAUGAGAUUUUAGAAGAGAUGGUGACAGUUCAAGGUCAGUUUCCAUUUCAUGAUGAUUAUUGGUUCUGAAGGCUGUUACCAAGAGUAGAUUUGACAAAUUUGAAGGAACUAUGUUUAUCGUCGAUGUUGGAAUUCUUAUAUAUAUAUAUAUAUAUAUAUAAUUUUUUCAUGCUCUGGAAGUUCGAGCUUUCAUGGCAGCCUCUAUUGUUAUCUGUUUUAGCUCCUCUGUUAUGAUUUUUAAAGCAAAAGAUGCUGAGUAUGAACUUUUAAUUUUUAAAUAUACUUUGAAAUGAAAUAGGAGCUCCUUGUUUUUGAGCCAUCUAGCAGGAAAUGAAAGUGGUUUGAUGUUGAAACGUUUAA